AUGGAAAGCGGGCUAAAAGAAGCUGUUAGCAUAGGCCAGCUAAUUAAUUUCCUUCACGAUCCGAACCGUAAUAAGCGUAAAGACGGUCUGGUUCAGCUUUCUAACAUUCUUCAGUCAGAAUCUUCAGAAAAUGUCAAAUCUCUUUUCUCAAGCAAGCUAAAGCCAGCUUUGAUAGAAAUUUUUGGCGAUUCUAGUGAAUCCAAUAGAGAAAAAGUUAUCGAUCUUAUAAACCAGCUUCUAUCACAAAAUAAAAUUAACGAAGAUGAUAUUCCUCAUAUCGUUCAAAAGCUUCAUGAAAGAUUAGGCCACGAUCCAUGCCCAGAGACAUGUGAAGAAAUAAAGGUCAAAGAGUCGGUUACUUUAAAACUUAUUGCGACCAACCAUUGGAAUCUUUUAUUGCCUUCGUUUGGGUAUAUCAUUGAUAUUGUGUGUAAACAAGGAAAAGAGUCAUCUCCAGCUAUUAAAAUUUCAAUAGCUGAAAUUGUGUCAAUUUUAUGCGAUUCCUUUGGAGACAGGAUAGGAUUUUCAAGCAAAAGGAUUUUUGAUAGCAUGAGAAACAAUUUAUAUCAUCAGCAGUUUAAAGUAAGGCUUCAAACUCUAACAACGCUUGGAAAAAUAUGUAUAUGUGAAGGCGCGCUUAUAUUUGAAGACAUAAUCGUGGAUUUUAAAAAACUACAAUUAGAUAGGAGAAAAGAGGUGAGAGAAGUACUGUAUAAAGUGAUAGGAGAUAUUAUGUGUAAAUUACAGUAUACAGUUUUAAGGAGUUUUGAAGGAAAAUUGAGCUAUUUAUUGCUUGGUGGAUUUUCAGAGAGCGAGUUUGCAUGAAUUAAUGAAGUAAUUGAUAAUUUUGGAUAAGAUAAUUAUAAAAUGGCUACAUAAAUAAAAUAUGGCGUCUUCGUCUGGGCAUGGCCUCCCGGCCAUGCAUACUCGACUUAUAUUUUAUUUAUAUCCGGUAAGGUUUUACUACUUCAGAAAUGGACAGCAAUGCUAGGUAAGCAAUUCUGAUUGUGUUCAGAGCCUAGCCCAAGUCUAAAUUCAGAGGUGGUUUUUUCCUCGUGGGGAAGAUGAGCACGGAGGUUGGAAAGGGGAAGCCCAGCAGAGUCCCCUGGACCAAUCGGGCAACUCCCUAGCGUGAAACUGGGCGUUACGUCCCAGCUUUCGAGUUCUACCUUCUACCGACAGUCGACCAGAAAAUCCCAUUUUUUAUGGAUUUUCGGAAAGGCAACCCACGUUGUGCGAAUCCCUUGUUUGAGGCAACAAGGAGGGUGUCCGCCGAGGCUCACCAUGGGCGAAGAGCGUGAAGGGUGCAAAUCCCCGGCCCUGCAAGUGCGAACGGCUAAUCUUAAUCUUAAUCUUAAUCUUAAUAAAAUGGCUACGUGUGAGGUUGGCUUUCCUAAGAAUUCUUAUCUAGCUGCAUCAGGUAAUCAAGAAAGGUGCACAGUCUCAUGGCCUGGCCCUUUGGGUAUGUUGGAAGGCUAGGGUUUGUCUGCUUAACAAACUCGAGGAGGAUGACCUUUAAGUGAACACCACAGAAGCAGAGUAUCGUGCGAUGGCAAGGAUCCAAGCGAGAUGCGCCGCCGUUUUUGUUUUCAAAUGUCUAUCUAUAUGGUGCACCUUUUCAAGUACAGGCAGUCCUUCUCUUAGGAAUGAGCACUAGACACUAAAAAACCUAAUUAAAUUUGUAAUUUCAUAAUGUUGGCUAUAGGAGAAAAGUUUUAGCCCAAGAAUUCACAGAAAACGUCGAAGAUUACAUAAUGUCUGAUGCUGGAGAGUUUUUGAUUUUAAGAAAUCUUCAAGAAUUGGUACAAUUAGCUUUAGAUGAUAUCCAAGAGUGAACAAUGCAAGACCACUAUAGAAGUAAAGCAGCUUCUAUACUGGAUUAUACAAUAAGAGCAGCACAAAAUCAUAUAACUCCUCAUUUAGAUUCAAUCUUUAAAGUGAUUUUCAAAGCUUAUGCACAAUCAGAAGAUAAAGCAUUUUCUGCUUUAUUUGAAAAUUGUAUUGAGAAAAUCGGAAUGUUUUGUGAUUUUGACUUGGUUUUAACGCUUUUUAGAAAAUUUUGUUUGACUGAUAUAACUUCACCUACAGAAAAAUCAGGAGGACUGAUUUUGUUUGCAAAAAUGCUGAAUUCGCUGCUUUUAACUGAAGACCGAAUGAAAAAAAUAGUAAGCUUUAUAGCUGAAAAAGACUUAUCCGAUUACCCAGAAAUUCCAAAAUCUCUUCAAUUAGUAAUAGAAUCACUAAUUCUGCAAGCUAAGUCUUUAUGCAUUUCACAUGUUAAUAGUCUUUUCCAUUCACUUUUAUUGCUUGAAAAUUCUUCAGCUCAAGAAUCAGUUCAAAAAACAAUGGGAAUAUUGGCUGAGUAUUGUGGAUUAUUGUCUGUAUCUGAUCUUUAUGCCACACAACUGCCAACAGCUUUACCUUUACUUACAAGAGACUAUAGAAACUGGGACUCCGACUCAAAAGAAAGAAGCUUAUUCAAAUCUUUAAUUGUAAAAUCAGGAAGUGCAGUUUCUCAAUAUUUUGAUACCAUUGUUGAAGUGAUGUCAGUCAACUCUCAGCGCGAAAAAGAUUCUGAAGUCAGAUUUACAAUGCUUGUAAUUCUCGAAAACUCGUUGAAUUUAUCUGAAUUAGACAAUUACAUAAGAAGUUACUGUAGAAAAAUAUUAGAAAGCAUUAUUGUUCCUACAGCUGCCUGAAAGGUAGGGAUUUCUAAUGUAGAAAUAAGAGUUUCUAGUAUGCUUUGUCUUGAAAAGCUGAUUGGGAAAAUGCUUAUUGAAGACUCUGUACUCGUAGAAUUAUGAGAUAAAGUAUUUCCUGUGGUAAAAACUUGUUUAGAUGACGAUUGGGAUAAAGAUUUAAGAAUUUCUGCUUGCAGAGUCAUAAUCUCAUUUUUUGAAUUCUAUUCACACAUCCUUGAUGAAAUCUUGGUAUCAGGUAUUUAUCCAGAGCUGCUAAAAAGACUUGAUGACUCUCAAGAUUAUAUUAGAAUGAUAAUUUGUGUCCCGCUUGAGAAGCUAUUUAAAGUUAUUUUAGAAAGAGGAAUCAGAUUUGGGAAUUACAAAUUCAUGAUAGAAACUCUUCUUGUUCAUUUAGAUGAUCCAAGUGAAAACAUACAAAAAUCAGUCAAAAAUGUUUUACAAGUCGCAAGAUUAUAUGAUGCAGAAACAUUUUUGGAACUUUCUAGAAGUGCACAGCAUAAGCAUAGACACCCAAGAGCAGUUACAGAACUUAUUGAAGAAUCACAAAAUCAGAGCUAA